AUGGCCCAAGCCAAAGCCAUUCAUCCCUCACCUUCACCAUCCACUAUACCCGAUAGAUUACCUUCCCUUUCACCUCGACCAUCCGCUGGUAGCAUCCGAAGCACAAGGAGUAGAUCAAGGUCUUCUUUAUCGGUAUCGCCUACAAGAGGAGGAUCACCAGCCCUUCGCACCUCAAGCAAAAACGAGUCCAAGGAGAACCUAAUUCCAAUCAAUAACAGUAAAAUGAAUGGUCACUCGCCUUCGUCGUCCAAGGUGGAUGGUAGUGGUGAUAACGAAAUGCGAAUAAGGAAGAAUCCACCUAGAUCAGCUAGACCAUCAUCAUUGGUGGACAACAUCAAUCAUCUCAAUACGUUACCUACCAUACCUGAUCCACCUACAGAAGAUUCAGAUAACACGUCAACAGUCGAAGAUGACACACAGAAAGAUUCACCUUCGAGUACGAAUACACAUAUACCUCCACCACCCGCACCUUCGACGCAGACUGGCACAGGGGAUAGGCCGGUAGUGACGAGAAAGAGGAGAUCAAGUAGUGUGAAAAGAAAACCUAGUCCAGGUGUGACACCGACAAAAGCUGUCGAUUGGGAGAUACCGAGAAAGACACUUCAUUCUUCUAUUGGCUUUCUGACUCUUUUCCUUAACCACCUCAAUCCACCGACACUUAAACCACUCAUAACGGUCCUCACCUCAUGUCUGAUCAGUGUAACGGUCACCGACUUCUUUCGACUUCAAUUCCCGGCAUUCGCAGAAAUAUGGGAAAACUAUUUGGGUUUCUUGAUGAGGGAAAGCGAAAGGAACAAGAUUAAUGGUGUGGUAUGGUAUCUGAUCGGAGUGAUCGCAGUGCUGUCGCUCUACCCGAGAGAUGUAGCUGUGGUAGCUAUAUUGACCCUAUCAUGGUCCGACACCACCGCCUCGACGAUUGGUAGAUUAUGGGGUAAAUAUACCAAACCGCUACCUAGCCAUGUUCCAGGUAUCAAAGCUUUGAAAUUCGCCCCAAGAAAAUCCUUAGCUGGUUUCUUAGCUGCGAGUGUCACGGGGUUCUUGAUUGGGAUCACCUUCUGGUGGAGUGGAAGUAAAGGUAGAUGGAUAGUAUUAGAUGUGGAAGAUUGGGGUCAUGGGUAUUGGGGAUUAUGGGUCACUGCUGCGGUAGUAGGACUGGGUGGUGCCGUGGUUGAAGCUUUGGACCUCGGAGUUGACGAUAAUUUGACUUUACCCAUCUUAUCGGGUGCGGUAGUUUGGGCUUGGUUGGCAGCUACCAACUUCCUCUUGAAGUAG